AUGCUGGCACCAUCUCGACGCAAACACUCCGCGAAAGCGCUUAUUAUGGACAUUGGCCGUCAGUCCCGAACUGUGCAGAUCUCGGCCGUCCCUCGCGACCGGACCGUGAAGACGCCAACGUGCGAGAUGUAUUCACCACCGCCUCGUCAGGAGCUAUGCUUCGUCUUCCCUGCGCCUCCGUUCAACCUUAUCCACGUCUGCCGUGAAAGCCGGGGGCACAUUAUCAAGCACGAGAGCUAUCGGAGGCUCUGCUUAAGCAAAGUGCCUGAUGAGCCGUAUGCAUUGAUCAACUUCGACAUUGAUAUUCUCGAUGCUGGCCUGUUCACAGUGGACUAUUUCCUGCGCUUAGUCCUCUUAUCCGUCGCCUGA